ACGUGUUCCCAUAGCAUUCCCUUGUAGCUGAGCUUCCUCUGCGGCCACUAGGGGGCAGCACAGUGACUAUUAUUAUUCUGUACAUCAGACUGCCCGUCCUGUCAUCAUCAAGUGUCCCAUCCACCACGUGUAGACAGUAAGUGACCCGCCAUGGGCGAUCUGUACGGGACAUGAAAUCGGCGGGGCCGGUGGCACUCAGCAGCAGGUUGCCCUGGAAUACACGUGAAGGAGCAGCAUUGUUAUGCAGUAGAAUGGUGCGGCUGGGGUCACUCGUGUACAUAAUACAGCUGCAAUCAUUGUAUGACUGAUCGCCAGCACUGCAUGUGAAAAUACAGCUGCAAUCAUUGUAUGACUGAUCGCCAGCACUGCAUGUGAAAAUACAGCUGCAAUCAUUGUAUGACCGAUCGCCAGUCCUGCAUAUGAAUGGCAUGUGCUGCCAUGGCGGUGAUAUCUUUAAAAGGCUGUCCCUGUGACGUCAAGGCUGCCCUCCCCAUUUGAUGAGCUCACAGAGAGGGAGGGGAGGGGGAUUGGUGGAGCAGAGCGAGCAAGCAGUGAUCUCUAUGGGGCACACACACAUAGUACCCAUCUACUGCCCAUCACACAUCGGGCCUGGAAACUGAGUGCCCCUAGAGGAGGAGGCCAUGGUAUAGGGAGUGCUAUCCCCAUCUGACUCCUCUUUGCAGCUUCAGUGACUUGUCUCCUCAUCUAGUCUUGGAAUCCUGAAGAGCUCAGCUGAUCUCCUUCAUACACACUUCUUCCAGCAACACAAUGCCAGCGUGCCACCAACCUGGACCCCCUGCCAGGAGCCCACCUUGGGAUGGCCCUGACCCACGGUGUGCAGUGGGUUUUAGGGACUUGGAACGUAACACCAACUCAUGAUCAGGAGAUCCAUCUUCUGGCUUCUCCCAGGUAACAAAGAACUAGAGCUUGCUAACAAUAGACUUGUAACAAAGAAACUCAUCCCGGGGAAGAAUGUUGCCUCCGUUAGUGUUACAGUAUUUCUGAUUGAAUUAUGGGUAGACGGCGGUCGCGGCGACCAGUACAACAAGACUGAUGGACCACGUACCUCCAGGAUCCCUUUGUUACCCUUCUCGUAGUAAACUCCUGGCUUUUCUCUUGUAAUGUAGAAAGUCACAUAUUGAGCUCUCUUAAGAAUGGAGGUGAGAUCUUUGCAACGUUCUGAGAUGCUCUCCUUUGACCUCCCUGGCCUUUGCUCUGAGAUGCUGGGGGUGGCGGAGGAGGCCUUCAAGGCUGGCAAUUUUGAAUUGGCCGCAGAGAUCUAUGGUUCUCAGCUCGAUGAGCUUCCUCAGCCUCAAAGAUGCUUGUAUCUAAAGAAGGGGGAUGCCUUGUCGCUGGCCGGGCGAGUGACCGAUGCACUGGACUCUUACACCAAGGCAGCAAUGUUAGGUCAGCUUUCUCCUGAUGAGCUUGGAGUUCUAGUAGAAAGUAUUGCUAAAAAUAUUCGAGAAAAAGAACUUAAAUUGCCCUUUGCCAAAACAAAGAGCGACCUUUUGCCUAGUAGUGGGCAAGGUCAAGCCCCCUGCAAUUUAAGCCCACCAGAGAUUCCUAAACCGUCCCAAGACAUUGACCUCUUCUCCUGUCCAGUCUGCCAGCUCCUAUUUUUGGACCCUGUCUCUUUGGUCUGUGGGCACACUUUCUGUAAAAGAUGCUUGUGUGAAAAGAGGCCACCACAGUGCCACUGCUGCAACAACAGGGCUCCAAACAAAGCUGAGGGGCACGAAGCCUCUUUAAUGGAUUUGAAGGUAAACGUGGUGCUUGGAAAUCUCUUAGAGAAGUGGUUGUGUGAAGAGACCAAGGUACGGAGAUUGUCUGUGGAAGGGGAUUUCUUACAGCAGGACAGCAAUUUCUUAGGUGCAUUAGAGAAAUUCAACACGGCAUUGGAGCUGGCUCCCAAUGAUUCAUUGCUUAAAGUGCAGCGAGCGGAGCUCCACUCAGCCAUGAAGAACUUCAAGCAAGCUUUUAAUGAUGCGGAUUGUGUCUGCAGAAAACAACCUCUCUGGCCUAAGGGGCAUUACGUGAAAGCGCAAGCUCUGUCUGGACUGGGAAUGAUGGAGGAGUCUUUGAAGGAGUUUCUGUAUUGUGUUGCCUUAAAUCCUGAAUGGAGCUCAGUAAAGUCAGAAGCACAAAAGUUAAUGUGUGAGAUGCUGUUUCCAGCCUUUGAGAAUGUACAAGCCAAUUUCGCAGCGCGUUCCCCCACACCUUACACUAGACUGAAGCCGGUCUUCUUAAACAGCUCCAACUAUUCUUCUUCAGAUGAUGUGCCUCUGCCAGGAGGGUCUAAGGACUCAGUGUUCAGACUAACCAAAGCUACAUUUCUAAAGUCUGAUGAGUUUUCAAUAAAAGAUUUCACUGGCAGUCCUGAAAUUUGUGACCUGCCUGAUGAAAAGGUAACAAAGACUCUGGGAAGUGUCCUCGCUUGCCUUCCAGAAGUAGGAUUAAAGAGGAAACGUCUCAGCACCUCAGAGGUCCUUCACCAAAAUGAGCUCCCUGCCAAAGUUAUCAAAAAUGAUGUUGAGUCCCGUUGUGACUGUGAUGCAGACUCUUUACAAGUGAGAACCAUCUCUCUGGACCUGGUGGAUGCUUCUGAUUUUGAGUGCUCCCUCUGUAUGAGGCUAUUUUAUGAGCCUGUAGCCACUCCAUGUGGACACACAUUUUGCCUCAAAUGCCUUGAGCGUUGCCUGGACCACAAUCCGCAUUGUCCCCUUUGCAAGGAGAACCUGUCUCAGUACCUUGCAUGUAGAGCAUAUAAGAAGACACUUCUGACAGAAGAACUUAUUUAUCGAUACCUACCAGAAGAAGUAACUGAGAGAAAGAAAUUAUAUGAUGAGGAAAUGAAAGAAUUAUCAAACUUAAAUAAGGAUGUCCCUAUAUUUGUUUGCACCAUUGCCUUUCCCACAAUCCCUUGCCCGCUGCAUGUGUUUGAGCCAAGAUAUCGCCUGAUGAUCAGGAGGAGCAUGGAGACUGGAACAAAACAAUUUGGAAUGUGCAUAGCUGAUGAAUUAAAAGGGUUUGCAGACUACGGGUGCAUGUUACAAGUGAGGGAUGUGAAGUUUUUUCCAGAUGGUCGCUCAGUAGUUGAUACCAUUGGCCUGAGUAGAUUUAAAGUCUUGAGUCAUGGACAAAGAGAUGGCUACAACACUGCAAACAUUGAAUAUUUAGAAGACAAAAAGAUGGAAGGACAGGAAUAUGAGGAGCUUCUUCUGUUACACAAUGCUGUCUAUGAUCAAGCUUUUGGCUGGUUUACCUCUCUAAAGGACAAUCUCAAAGCACAAAUCCUUAACCAUUUUGGGCCCAUGCCAAGCAAAGAAUCUGAUCCACAGAAUAGUCCAAGUGGCCCAGCCUGGUGUUGGUGGAUGCUGGCAGUGUUGCCUCUAGAAAACAAGGCACAGCUAACCAUACUGUCCAUGACGUCCUUGAAGGAUCGCCUACAUGCCAUCAGACGUGUUUUAUUAUUUGUCACCCACAAAAGACCCAGAUGACAGAGGUUUCCAUCUGGUGCCAUGACUUGUGCUUUUUUUUCCUUUAAAAAAAGGCUUUCUCUGCACUGAGGGACACUUUUAUGACAUUUUGGGAAUUUUCCAUUGAUCUUUUUGUGAAAAUACCUUGCAGUGUCAAUGAAUGAACAACACUUCUACCUGGUUUAUAUUUAGCCUCCAGGCACUAAGCAGGUACUUGGUUACCAUCAGGUCAUCAUCUCAUGAAAAAAUGUUUGUUGGUAACCAUCUCCUAAAGUGCUUUUUGUGUCAAAUUCUAUAUCUUAUAAUGUGUUGUAUAAAGUUUGUUUAGAGAUCAAAUAUAUUUAAUACUCACAGUUGUACAGGAAAAGACUUGACCAAGAAUAUUCAAAGGCAUGAUUGGGUUGAACAGAGUAUUACGUAGUUCAGAGUUAGUGACAAUAGAAAAAGUCAGGCAUUAGAAAAUCCUAUAUGCUUGAACACAAUGGACACGGAGUAAACAU